GCUGAGAAGGCGGCUCAUUGAUGCCCAGCGUAUCUUCGGGCGGGGCCCUGCCAACCGACCGCCCUCACACUUUAAUGCAUGCGACUUUCGGAGUUUAGACAGCCCUCGGAUCAUAUCAUUGCAACCAAUACUAGAUGGCGCGGCGGGGCUUGAAACGAAGUUUAAAGAAUCUCCAAGGGAAGCUACCAGGAUGGCUAAGAUCCGAGGACCAGCAUAGCACACCGGACUCCAAUUCUGCUGCGUCCCAGAAGCAGAAAUUGGUCAAGGUCCAAUCCGAUGAGGCGCCAAUCAAAGAACUUUGGAAUGUAGCAUAUGAGAAGCUGCGAGAAGAAGAUGGCGCGCUCAUCAAAGAGUAUGAGAGAAAGCUCCAAGGGAAUAUGGUCGCCGGGUUAGGCUCAAUGUCAAACGCCAGCAUAAGAGAUCGAAUACAGACGAUCUUGAAGUACAAAAUGGAUGAGGUCAAUGCCAAUACAUGGAAAUUGAAGUUUAGAAGCUCUGAGGUCGAAGUCAGAGAUCUCGUGCAGCCUAUUCUAGGGAUUGUGAGUUUGACCAACGAAUAUGUUGCUGACGCCAUGAGUCUACACUCUUCUACAUCUUUUAGCUUGGGCUGGUAUUAGUAUGUUGCUGCCGGUAAGUCAAGUUGCGAGAUACGUGUAGCUAGAGAC